ACUAGUGACAGCAGUCGAGUGUGGGAAAGAGACAAGUGAUCAGCCGAACCAGCCUCGAAGGCUGCGGAGGCGGCCAGUUUGACCAUUUUUUGUUGGACCGCUGAUUGUGAAAGAUUACACUUGAGAGUCGAAAUACAUCUUUACAUCACACGUCAGUGGCCACUGAGCUGUCUUCAAAGUAACACGGAUUAGACACACGCAGUUUUCUUUGCGUCAUUAUGUCUGCGUGUGCGCUGUGAUAGUGAAAGACUGAUAUAGUGAUCUCCUAGGACUUUUGUAUGUGUUCGGACUGAUUCGGUGCUCGGAGAGGCUUGUUUUCCAAGAUUUGUUUCAACUCUAUCGUCGAUGGCGGUUUCAACUUUGAACAUGACGCCGUAUUUCACAGGGUACUCCUUUCAAGGUCAAGGUCGCAUGAACCAGUUGGGAGGGGUGUUCAUAAACGGACGGCCCUUGCCGAACCACAUCAGGCUGAAGAUCGUGGAGAUGGCAGCGGCUGGAGUCAGGCCCUGCGUCAUCUCGAGGCAGCUGCGAGUCUCCCACGGCUGUGUCUCCAAGAUCCUGAAUAGAUACCAGGAAACUGGAUCCAUCCGGCCAGGGGUGAUCGGAGGAUCAAAGCCGAGGGUGGCCACGCCCGAAGUAGAGAACAGGAUUGAAGAGCUCAAGAGACAAAACCCAGGUAUAUUUUCCUGGGAAAUUAGAGAUAAACUAAUAAAAGAAGGCAUCUGUGAUAAAAACACCGCCCCGUCAGUCAGUUCCAUUUCGAGACUUAUUCGAGGAGGCAAACGUGACGAAUCAGAUCCUAGAAGAAAUCACAGCAUUGAUGGUAUUCUAGGUCCAUCGUCUUGCGAAGAUUCUGAUACGGAAUCGGAGCCUGGAAUUACGUUGAAGAGGAAGCAGAGGCGAUCAAGGACAACCUUUUCUGGAGACCAAUUGGAAGCCUUAGAACGCGCAUUCACAAGGACGCAAUACCCUGACGUGUACACAAGGGAAGAGCUAGCACAGAAGACGAAGCUCACCGAAGCCCGAGUGCAGGUCUGGUUUUCAAACCGAAGAGCCCGCCUUCGAAAACAGCUGAACUCUCAACAACUAAGUGCCUUCAACACCAUGUCCUUACAAUCCGCCUUCCCUGCCGUCCACCAACAGUACGAGCCUCCGUCCUCCUUCAACGCUCAAUGCGCAAGUUGGCAGCAAUCGUACUCUUCUGCAUUGGGAACUAGUUCUGUCCUCAAUUCUGCUCUAGCGCCGUCUCUACAUCAAUCUGCUUUGACUGCUCCUGUUUGCCAGUCGGCUCUGGCCGCAUCAUCUCUGCAUCCACCAACAUCCAGUUCCUUUGCUUCAGGAAACCUGACUCCCUUAUCUCAUUCUUCGGAACUACCGAGUUCGUUGCAACCACCUGCUGACACUACCCCUCCCAGCUCGAGUCCUACCACAACAAGUCCGUCAGCGAAUCAAAGCGGAGGACUCACCUACCAGCAUUCGACGUACCCGAAUCCCAGUGACGUGGUGCCCCAUCCCUAUGGGUACGCAGACUAUUCAAAACAAGAACAUGCCAUGUCGGCCCACAACCACUGGACCGCCAGGCAACUAAGCGGACCGCCUCAAAACAAAUUGGCCGAAGUCGGAGCGUGGCCCGAAAAUUAUAGUUCAUUUUUCGGCACGAACGCGUCGCACUACGCAUCGCACGCGCACUCGCCGACGGAGGCCAAGUCUGGCUACCCAUACUUAGGCCAACUUGGCGGCAUGGACAUGGGCAGAGUACAUUAGAUAUUUUAUACAUUUUACUACGUAUUGCUGCAAUAAUAUCAUAUUUAUACAAUGUAUCAAUCACAAAACAUAUCACCCGUGCCUUUUCCACUCAAAAUUUUAAGUACAAAACUUACAUUUACAUUUAUAAAAGCGUACAUUUAUAUGUUGUGUAUUGUAUUAAAGUAUAGACUAAAUUAGUCUUAUUUGUAUUAUAGAGCUUUAUUUAGAGUGAUGUAUAGAAAUAAUUAAAUUAAUUUUGUCGUUGUUAACGUUCCUGUAUUUUAUAAUAUUGCAACCAAUGUCGCGUUGGUUCUCAUACUAAUAUUACCUAAGUAGUUUCAAAGUUGUUAUUAGUAUAAGUUGUUGAUAUUGUAUGUAGAGCGAUAUAAUAACUAAGUUACUAUUUACUACUUGUAUAUUUAAAAUUAAAAUAUGUUUUCUCUAAAAAUGUAUAACUAACGUAGGUAUACAUUUUUUGAAUCUUUUUACUGUCCCUUUAAAAAUACUAUACUUACAGAUUCAUUUACUUUUCGGUCGUCAAAAAGUCAUCUUUUAAUAUUCUAUUAUUUUGACGAUUGAUUCACUUGAGCUUACUAUAAAUGCCUUAAAAUAAAUGUGAUUAAAUUAAAUUGUAUUUAUUUAAGAUAAUUUGUAUAUCCUAGUGCUAGCCUUAGUGUUAUUAUAAGCACCUUUGUAAAAUAGCUGUGUAUACCCAAAAUAAAUGAAUCCUAAUAAAA